AUGUUCCGCCGUGUAGCCUGUGCAGCUUCCUCUGUGAACGCAGGUGCAUUAACACCGCGCUUUGUGUCUACAACACGUCCAAGCUUGGGUCGCAUUAAGGUGAGUGGGACGGUUGUUGACAUGGAUGGUGAUGAGAUGACACGGAUCAUAUGGGCACUUAUAAAGGAGAAACUCAUUUUACCCCAUGUCGAUGUUCCUAUUGAGUACUACGACCUCAGUAUUACGAGUAGGGACGCAAGUAAUGAUAAAGUUACUGAACAGGCAGCGGAGGCCAUACAACGACAUAACGUGGGUAUUAAAUGUGCGACCAUAACUCCCGAUGAGGCUCGUGUGAAGGAGUUUAACUUGAAGAAGAUGUGGAAGAGUCCUAACGGGACAAUUCGUAACAUUCUUGGUGGCACGGUGUUUCGUGAGCCAAUCAUUGUGAAGAACGUCCCUCGCGUGGUGCCCCAGUGGAGUGAACCGAUUAUUGUUGGUCGUCACGCAUAUGGUGAUCAGUACAAAGCAACGGAAUCUCUUUUCCCCCCCGGUCGUCUGGAACUUGUGCAUACACCAGCUAAUGGCGGGUCGCCGCAAGUGCUGGAGGUAUUCAACUUUAAGGGUGAGGGUGUCGGACUUGCCAUGUACAAUACACGGGAGAGUGUUGAAGCGUUUGCGGAGAGUUGUUUCGAAUACGCCAUCAUGCGGCGCUACCCCCUCGUACUCUCUACGAAGAACACCAUCCUCAAAAAGUAUGACGGUUUGUUUCUUGAAACGUUCCAGCGCAUGUAUGACACAAAAUAUCGUGAACAGUUUGAGCGACUGAAUCUAACUUAUGUGCACCGACUCAUUGACGAUCAGGUAGCACAAAUGAUUAAGGGCAACGGUGGGUUCGUGUGGGCCUGUAAGAACUACGAUGGCGACGUGCAAAGUGACAUAGUCGCGCAAGGCUUUGGUUCAUUGGGUCUCAUGACUUCGGUGUUGUUAUGUCCGGACGGUAAAACAAUUGAGUCGGAAGCAGCUCAUGGGACAGUAACAAGGCACUAUCGCGAGCACCAAAAGGGGAAAGAAACAAGCACGAAUUCUGUUGCAUCAAUAUUCGCAUGGACCCGUGGAUUAGCUCAUCGUGGGAAAUUAGAUGGGAAUGCGCCACUGGUGGAGUUUGCUUCCUCCCUCGAGAGGGCAACGAUCAAAACCAUCGAGGGUGGGCACAUGACGAAGGACCUUGCGCUUUGCGUGCACGGGGCAGCAGCACUGCAACGGUCUCACUACGAGACAACAGAAGUGUUUAUUGAUAGCGUGGCGGAGGAAUUGGCGCGUUCAGUAAAGGGGUGA